AUGGGCCAAUUUGCGACCCAAUUGAACGCGAGGCCAGCCGGUACACUACCGUCAAAUACGGAAGACCCUCGAAAGGGCACCAACGAACAAUGCAAAGCCGUCAGUUUGAGGAAUGGAAGACAACUAGAAGAAGUGGCGCAGAAGGCAACAAGCAAGGAUGGGGAGGCGCAACAAGAAAAAGAAGCGGAGACGCUGACAGAUCCACCAGGUGAGAAAAGGGUCGUUGCGCCUAAGCCGACCCCUCAGGUACCUUAUCCUCAACGCCAGAUAAAGGCGAAAAAGGAGUCGUAUUACAAAAGUUUUCUUGAGCAAUUGAAUGAAUUACAUAUUAAUAUUCCUUUUACUAGAGCACUUGAACUAAUGCCUCAUUGGGUGAAAUUUUUGAAAGACAUGGUAUCAAAGAAACGAAAAUUCGGUGAACAUGAGAUGAUAGCUCUAACCGAACAAUGCAGCGCCAUUCUUACUCGCCCCAUUCCACCAAAGCUUGGAGACCCGGGUAAGUUUACGAUUCCAGUCGCUAUUGGAGGUAAGUUCUUUGCAAAAUCUCUCAUAGAUUUAGGUGCGAGCAUUAAUCUCAUGCCUUUCUCGGUUUUUCAAAGUUUGGGAUUAGGAGAUAUAAAAUUGGUAUCUGUGACUUUACAGUUAGCCGAUAGAUCACUCAUAUACCCAAAAGGAAUAGUAGAGGAUGUGUUGGUUAAAGUAGAUAAAUUCAUCUUUCCUGCAGAUUUUGUAGUUCUUGAUAUGGAAGAAGAUAAAGAAAUUCCCUUGAUUUUGGGAAGACCUUUUUUGAGAACGGGUAGAACUAUAAUUGAUGUGUAUAACGGAAUUUUAUCUAUGUCUUUGGGGGAUGAAACGAUUAAAUUUGAUGUUUUCCGUACAAUGAAACACCCUCAAGAGGUUGAUGAAUGCUUUGCUUUUGAUGUGUUAGACCAAUUGAAUUUUGAUUUUGUUGAACCUUUAAUUGCGGAUCCGUUGGAAGCAUCUUUGUGUGUAGGAACAUCAGUUGAAGAAGAAGAAGUGACGGAACAACUAUGUUGGUUGGAUUCGGCAAAGCCGCUGUCAAGACCACGCUUUGAGAGUUUGGAGACGGAGAUCCCGUUAUCUGUCACUUUUAAGCCUUCAGUGAUCGAACCUCCGAAACUUGAGCUUAAAGUUUUACCAUCUCAUUUAAAAUAUAUGUAUCUUGGAGCUCAUGAGACCUUACCUGUUAUUAUUUCUUCAUCUUUGACAUGUCUACAGGAAAAGAGACUUUUGGAGGUCUUGCGAGAGCACAAGCUAGCACUUGGAUGGACAAUUGCCGACAUCAAGGGCAUAAGUCCAACUUUGUGCAUGCACAAGAUCAUUUUAGAGGAGAGCCAUCAAUCUUCGGUGGAACAACAGAGGCGAUUAAACCCCAUCAUGAAGGAAGUUGUGAAGAAAGAAAUCAUCAAGUGGCUAGACGCAGGUAUUAUUUUUCCUAUUUCCGAUAGUGCGUGGGUUAGUCCGGUACAAUGUGUACCCAAGAAGGGGGGAAUGACUGUCAUAAAAAACGAAAAAAAUGAAUUAAUCCCCUCUAGGACAGUAACGGGUUGGCGAAUUUGCAUGGAUUAUAGAAAAUUGAAUAAAGCCACUCGAAAAGAUCACUUCCCGUUGCCCUUUAUUGAUCAAAUGCUUGAUAGGCUAGCUUGUCAAGAAUUUUAUUGUUUUUUAGAUGGGUAUUCCGGUUAUAACCAAAUCGCCAUAGCUCCGGAGGAUCAAGACAAAACCACUUUUACUUGUCCUUUUGGUACCUUUGCUUUUAGACGUAUGCCUUUUGGUUUAUGCAAUGCUCCUGCUACUUUUCAACGUUGUAUGAUGGCAAUUUUUACGGACAUGGUUGAAUGUGGUCUUGAAAUUUUUAUGGAUGAUUUUUCUGUCUUCGGUGAUACGUAUGACACUUGUCUCCAAAUACUGGCUAAGGUUCUUCGCAGGUGUGAAGAGACAAACUUGGUGCUCAACUAGGAAAAAUGCCACUUUAUGGUGCAAGAGGGGAUUGUGCUAGGACACAAGGUGUCAAAGAAGGGGUUAGAAGUCGAUCGAGCAAAAAUCGAGACAAUCGAGAAACUACCGCCACCAAUUUCCGUAAAGGGGAUUCGAAGUUUCUUGGGACAUGCGGGAUUCUAUAGGCGGUUCAUCAAGGAUUUCUCCAAGGUA